GACGACAACAGGUACUAGAAAAAAAUAUUUUCCGUUGAGAUCUUCUCUUCCUCCUAUAGCUUCUUCCCCGCGCGCCAUUUCUCUUGCGAUUCAGCGCGGGAUGGAAAGCUUGAUUGGGCUCGUAAAUAGGAUCCAGCGCGCGUGCACCGUGCUCGGCGACUUCAGUGGCGAAGGCGCCGCUGCACUUCCCGCCCUCUGGGAGGCGCUGCCCUCUGUCGCCGUCGUUGGGGGACAGAGUUCCGGAAAGUCCUCCGUCCUUGAGAGCUUCGUUGGCCGCGACUUCCUUCCGCGAGGAUCAGGGAUUGUGACGAGGCGGCCGCUUGUGCUGCAGCUUCACCAGGUUGAAGAAGGGCAGCCUGAGUAUGCCGAGUUUCUUCACUUGCCGAAUAGGAAGUUCACCGACUAUUCUCUUGUGCGCAAGGAGAUUCAAGAUGAAACUGAAAGGUUGACAGGGAAAACAAAACAAAUUUCACCUGUUCCCAUUCAUCUCAGUAUUUACUCACCACAUGUUGUAAAUCUCACAUUGGUGGAUCUACCUGGUCUCACGAAGGUAGCCGUAGAGGGGCAGCCAGAUAGCAUUGUGCAAGAUAUUGAGAAUAUGGUUCACUCAUAUGUUGAAAAGCCCAACUGCAUCAUACUGGCAAUUUCUCCUGCUAAUCAAGAUAUUGCAACGUCUGAUGCAAUGAAACUUUCAAGGGAAGUCGAUCCAACAGGUGAAAGGACUUUCGGAGUUCUGACAAAGCUAGACCUCAUGGAUCAAGGAACUAAUGCUCUUGAUGUUCUUGAGGGAAGGGCUUACCGAUUACAACACCCUUGGGUUGGGGUUGUGAACCGUUCUCAAGCUGACAUAAAUAAAAAUGCUGACAUGAUUGCUGCCAGGAGAAGGGAAAGAGAGUACUUUGCUACCAGUCCUGACUAUUCCCACUUGGCUAACAAAAUGGGAUCUGAAUACCUCGCGAAGCUUCUUUCACAGCAUUUAGAAUCUGUGAUCAGGGCACAAAUUCCAAGUAUCACUGCUUUGAUUAAUAAGACUUCUGAUGAACUUGAGGCAGAAAUGGAGCGAAUUGGUAGACCCGUCGCAGUGGAUGAAGGGGCUAAGCUUUACACUAUAUUGGAACUUUGUCGUUCAUUUGAUCGGAUUUUCAAAGAACAUCUUGAUGGAGGGAGACCUGGUGGUGAAAGAAUAUAUGGAGUUUUCGAUAAUCAACUACCGGCUGCUCUCAGGAAACUUCCAAUUGACAGACAUCUUUCUAUCCAAAAUGUGAAAAAGGUUGUCUCUGAAGCAGAUGGUUAUCAGCCUCACUUGAUUGCUCCAGAGCAAGGUUACCGUCGUCUUAUUGAAGGAGCUAUAGGCUAUUUUAGAGGUCCAGCUGAAGCAUCAGUUGAUGCUGUACACCAUAUUUUGAAGGAAAUAGUGCGCAAGUCAAUUGGGGAGGCUGAGGAUCUGAGGAGGUUCCCCUCUCUAAAGGCUGAACUGGCUGCUGCCUCUUUUGAAGCUUUAGAAAGAUUUCGUGAGGAUAGCAAGAAAACAACACUGCGACUGGUCGAUAUGGAGUCGUCAUAUCUAACAGUUGAGUUCUUCAGGAAGCUUCCACAAGAGGUUGACAAGGGAGGAAAUCCUGCUUCAGCCUCCACUGUCGAUCGAUACGGCGAAGGCCAUUACAGGAGAAUUGCAUCAAACGUUUCAUCCUACAUCUCCAUGGUGAUGGAGACGCUCAAAAUCUCUGUGCCAAAGGCAGUGGUUUACUGCCAAGUUCGAGAGUCAAAACGUUCUUUGCUUAAUCACUUUUACACGCAAAUUGGGAGAAAGGAGGGAAAGGAUCUGGGAAAGCUUCUGGACGAGGAUCCGGCAUUAAUGGAGCAGAGGCAACAGAUGGCGAAGAAAUUGGAGCUCUACAAAGCUGCAAGGCAGGAGAUUGAGUCUGUCUCGUGGUCCAGAUAAGUGUUCAUUGGUGGUUUCAAUAUACUUAGGCAUUGAUGGCGAUGGCAUAGAAGAAGUUUCUCCAGAUAUGGAAUGUACAGUUUGUAAGUGAAUAAAGAACUCUGCAAUUGACUUAUUUUGAAAGAAAAUUUUGUCUUGAGAUAAUUAAUGGUGGAGAAGUAUGUUUUUUAUUGAUUUUA